GGCGCGGCCGCCAUUGUCCGGCUGGCGGCGAGUCCCGCGGUCUCUGUAGCGGGUGGGGCUUUCUGGUUCAGGUUCACCUCGGGCGCCUGUCAUCGACCUGUCGGCCCAGGAUGGACCCCGAGGAGGAAGCGGCGACACUGACGAUGGCUACGGGGACGCCGGCGGAACGGCUCCAGGAGCCGGUGACUUUCCGGGACGUAGCUGUGGACUUCACCCAGGAGGAGUGGGGGCAGCUGGGCCCUGCCCAGAGGACCCUGUACCGUGACGUGAUGCUGGAGACCUUCGGGCACCUGCUCUCUGUGGGGCCUGAGCUUCCCAAACCCGAAGUCAUCUCCCAGCUGGAGCAAGGGGCUGAGCUAUGGGUGGCAGAGAGAGGAAUUGCCCAGGGCCGCUGUCCAGGCUGGGAGUCUGGACCUGAGGGCCGAGCACCGCCCCAGGAGCAGGGCCUUCCUGAGGAGAAGGGGCGGGAAGGCUUCCUGGGGGAGGCUCUAUGUCCCGCUACACCAGGGGAAGACUGGGAAUAUGAGGGCCGGGUGCAGGGGCCCGAGAAGGACCAGGGUAAUUUGAGGCAAUUGGAAUUCAGCCUCAAGGAAGCACUGGUUCAAGAUGGAAGCCACGAAGGUCUCAGACCUGGGGAAAACUGUGUCCUGAGUCCAAACCCAAAUCCCCUCCCGGAGACUUCCAGGACAGAGUGUUUGUGUGCUCCCGACUCAUGGGUUACAAGCUCGCAGCAGAACCCGAGUGCAGUCCGUGAGCAGAUGGGCUCCUCGGGAAGACAGCCGCAUGACAACAGUGACUGCAGCAACUCUUCUGGUCAGGCGGUUCUGGAACCAGAACCCGAGCCUGUGCGCAGCCAAGUGCCGGACAAACCCUACAAGUGCGCGGACUGCGGCAAGUCCUUCAACCACAACGCGCACCUCACGGUGCACCGGAGGAUCCAUACGGGUGAAAGGCCGUACGCGUGCAAGGAGUGCGGCAAGGCCUUCAGCCAGAACUCCUCGCUGGUGCAGCACGAGCGCAUCCACACGGGCCACAAGCCCUACAAGUGCGCGGACUGCGGCAAGUCGUUCUGCCACAGCACGCACCUAACGGUGCACCGGAGGAUCCACACCGGGGAGAAGCCCUAUGCGUGCCAGGACUGCGGGCGGGCCUUCAACCAGAACUCGUCCCUGGGCCGCCACCGGCGCACGCACACCGGGGAGAAGCCGUUCACCUGCAGCGUGUGCGGCAAGGCCUUCUCGCGCACCACGUGCCUGUUCCUGCAUCUGAGGACGCACACGGCCGAGAGACCCUACGAGUGCAGCCGCUGUGGCAAGGGCUUCCGGCACAGCUCGUCCCUGGCCCAGCACCAGCGCAAGCACGCCGGCGAGGGCCCCUACGACUGCCGCCAGAGGCUGGCCUUCGAGCCCACGCCGGCGUGGCCGGAGCCCCUGACCCCUGGGGAGGGGGCUACCCGCAGCGACAGGCCCUUCAGGUGCGGCCAGUGCGGCAAGUGUUUCACGCAGAGCUCGCACCUCAUCCGACACCAGAUAACGCACACCAGGGAGGAUCCCCGAGGCCGGGGCCGGCGGCGCCCGCAGCCCUGCAGCCGGAGCCCGCACCUCGGGCGGCACCAGCUCGGGCCCACGGGUGAGAGCCCUGGGGCCGGGACAAAGGCAGGGCAGCCGGCAGGCAGGGCACUGGCCCUGUUUGACAUCCACGAAAUCAUGCAAGAGAAAAACCCAGUGCACGUUAUUGGGGUGGAAGAGCCUUCUGUGGGCACGUCCGUGUUGUUUGACAUCAGAGAAUCCACCUAGGGGAGAAACUCUGCGGAUGACUUUUGAACCACAGGUACAAAAAUGUGGUCUCCUUUCUUUUUCUUUUUUAGUCUUUUAUAUGUUGGGGGAAACAAACAACAGGAUAACCUAAAUUUUGUCCCCAUCCCAAGCCUGCCCAUCAGACCCUCCUUGGCCUGGUGGAGUGACUUCUGAUUUGGCGUCAAGUCACCAGGCUGUGCUGAGGGGCUGUGUGAAUGGUGUGACUCACUGUUCUGUUCUCAAAGUUCGUCUGCCCCAUCUCAAGCACGGCUCCCCAUCUUGCUGGGGUCUCUGCUGGAAGACCUUCGGAAGACUUUUCAGCUGUCAAUGCCCAGGAAAGAGAGACGUCUGAGAAAAUGGUUUAUUUGUAUACGAUGCAGAACAUUCUAACAUGACCAUUUUCAUGUCCACAAUUGGAAACUUCGUCUGGAUCAUCUUUUUGCUUUCCUCCAACUUUACUCCUCAGGAAAGCAAAACCUUGUCACCUUUGUCUAUGCUGUUCUUGACAUAAAGAAGAACAUUGUGUUCGAGAUGUGAUCCUUGGUAUCUCAUAGCAGAAAGGAUUAAAACCAAGGAUUUAAACCUGCCUGCUUUCUAACCUACAAUGAAAGGCGAAAUGCCCAUCCUGCCGGGACACUAUGUCGUGUGCUCCGGUUAUACAACAUGGUUCCUUUUUUUGUUUGUUUGCUGUUCCCACUGCAGCUGAGCUCUAGUGAAGUUAAACACAAACCAUAAACAUCAAAAAUUGGAAGGAAGGAAAAUUGGUUAUGGUACAUCUCAGCUUGUGGAAAUUGUUCAUAAAAAUGUCCACAGAAUGUUGGGUUAGCAGAGCGUCAAGUUGAAUGGAAGAAGUAUCAUCGUGGAAGGAUACAACGGCAGUUCUAAGACCUCUGUCAGAAUGGCUGAGCAUCAGCUCUCGCUGCCGAGACGUGAUGGUUGAGUGUCAGAACCCUGUCAGAACUUUCUCGUGUCCAUUUCUGUUCUUUGGGUGCUGUGGGUGUCACAGCCAGUGGGGUUUCCAUCCCAGCAGAGCUGGCCUCCAGGACGCUCAGAGCCAGCCUCACUGCUCAUCUCCAGAGGUUCCACAAGAGCCCUUGAAGCCUCGCGUUUGCUUCUCUGCGCUCACCUGUCCUCUGGGCUUGUCCUCAUGGACUUCCCUUGUUGGCUCUCACUGUCACAACACCUCUGUCCUCGUGGCUUAGCCCACACCACCUGCCACUUCAUUCUUAGCAAAUAACCUUCUCUUUCCAUGGCUCAGAAAAGGUGUGUUUUCAGACAGGCAGUGCCUCACAGUUCUGUGAGGUGGUGGCAUUUUACAUGCAGGAAGAUGGGGCCCAGGACAAAAGUAGCCAUGGCCAGCUCGCACAGCUAGGAGCCAGAACUUGAAGUCAGCAUCCCGUUAACAAUGACUUAAACAGAUCAGGCUGUGUCCUCAGGGCCUCAGCUACGUCAGAGGCAGUGUUUUCUCUCCCACCCCGGCCCUCCUCAUCGCAGGGAGACUGCUGCAGCCUCAGCAGUUGCGUCCACGAUCAGGACUGGAGGACGGGGGAAGGGCAGGCCUAUGCUCGUCUCUCCAGUGAGGUUUCAAAGAAAAGCCUUUCCCCGAAGCUUCCAGCCAGUGCUCCUUAUGUCUCACUGGCCAAGCCUGGGUCACAGGGCGCCGUCUAACGACGAGGGCGCUUGGAAAGCUAGUGUUCAGCUUCUCUAACCUCUGUGGCUGAGACCGCACCCUUCAGAAGAAGGUCUCGGGAAGCAGGUAAUGGAUAGGCAGCUGGCAGCACCCUCAGCCCUCCGCCUCCAGUCUCUUCUUGGAGGAGUCGCUCCAAGGAAGCGCACUUCCUGAUCAGAUGCCGCCACCACCUCUCGGCUCGGCCUCUUCAUCCCCUGGAUAGUUCAGCCUGCCGGCCAGGCCCCCUUCCCUAUAAUGCUUGGUCCCCUGACAUUCUGGAACAGCCCACUCUUCCAGAUCCCUUCUACCUCUCGAGGGGCUUCUUGCCCUCCCCUCCCCUCCCCUCUUAAAUGUUGGGGUCCCUGGGGCGUGGUCCCGGAGGCCCAUUGCAUGCGCCGCUCACUCCCACAUCUUGGUCUCUGAGCUUCAGGCUAGAACAGCAGCUGCAUGCUGCUGGGCAGCUCCCCUAGAUGUCCUGCAAAGUCCCAAAACACAGCCUACCUGGAGGGAAAGGCCAUUUUCCAGGCCAAACCUGUUCCUCCUCCCCUGGGCCCUUGCACGGGGGUGGUUGCUACCCCUCACCCCAUCCCUCAAGCCAGAAGAUAGAUAUCCUGUGAGUUUUACCAUCUGAACAUCUCAGCUGUCUUCAUUCCAUUCCAUUCCAUUCCCACUGCCACCACUGGUGCAGGAUGGCCACGAGAGGGGGAGUGACAUGACACCAAGUGGCCUGGCCACCAGAGCCCUCCCCACUUUUGACUUUACCUCCUCACGGCCCCACCCGCGGUGUGGGGUGCAGACUCGGAAUGCUCCCACUGCCAGUGUGCUCUGAGGAGGGGAGUCCCCGCGGUAACUUCACAGCUCUGGACAGCGUGGAAUCCAGGCCUGCGAUUGCCCCGUUCCCUCCGCCUUGGCCCGAAAAGUGGCAGCUGCCGAAGGGUCAUGUUUCCACAGUUCUCAGAGUGGACACUGGGUGGGCUGAGGCCACAGUGGCCUCACCAGGUAAGCCUGGAACAAGCUUGUCACUGUUGCCGUUUGCCGCCCUCUCCCAUGCACUGUAGAUCUUUGGGAAUUUUCCAUUUCUCUUUUCGGGUCACGUUUUCUAGGCAUCAUAUUCCUACUAAUUUCCUUACAGAUGCUUUGAAACCAAGUCAGAUAAGAAACUCCUCAGGGGAAAUUACUAUAAACUAGGGAGAAUAUAUGGUUUUAUCAGUUUGUCAAAGUAAUGCAAAUUCUUUGUAGCAAAACCUGUAAAAUGCACAAAAGUAAAAUACACGUAAGUAUGGAGGCUUAUUUAAAUUUUAAUUCCUCAUACUUCCACCAUCCAGAGAUGGUCAUUACCUAAGAUUUUGUUAAUUUUCCUUGUAAUUUUUUCUUGAAAUAUACAUGUGUGUAUACAUAGAGUGAACAUUAAAUCUUAUACACACAACAAAAAUAUUUAUGUGUAGUUAUCUUGUGUUUAGAAAAUUAGAAUCCCUUCUGUUUCUCUUGUAACAUGUACUUCUUUCUCUAUCUUGAACAUUUUCCUCUGAAAAUGGAUUUCAUGUAGCUUUUUAAAUUACCUUUCAGGAGGAUUGUAACAAUGUGACCUCCACCCAGCAUCUUACCAGCCUUGACUUUUAUCCAAAAGGGGGAGGAGGGAUUCAUACACAUUUCUGAAGGAGUAUGAAUUGAUACAGCCUCUGUGAAGGGCACUUUGUUGGUUGCUAUCUAAAUUACAAACACUUUGUCUCAGCAAACCAGUUGCUGAUAAUGAAUCCUACAGAUAUAUUUGUACCCGUGCAAACUGUAUGUAGUUUUAACCAUGGUAUUGAUCUCAAAAGUGAAAAUUUGGAAACAACCUCAGUGUCCACCACGUGGAACUGGCUAAGUGAUUUAUGGUGGACUGGCUGGCUUUUACACAGCCCUUAAAAUGGGGGCUGUCUUUAUGAACUGUGGAAAAGAGCACCAAGAUUGUUAAGUGAAAAGGUAUAAACCAGUUUGUAUGGUAUGUUUCCAUUUGUGUAAAGAAGAAGCCAUUGCUUAUGCACACACACACACACACACACACACACACACUAUAUCUGAAGGGUACAGAGUGAACAUACAUACUACUAUAUAUACUACUUGCUCUUGGAGAGGAGAAGUGAGGGGAAAAGGAUGAAUAAUUUUCACUCUAUAUCUUUUGAUAUUUUUGGAAUUUUGAAACAUGUAAAAGUAUUACCAGUUCAAAAAAUAAAUUUAAACAAAACCUUAAUUCUUUAAAAUUAAA